UAUUAACUUCUGUCAGCUCUUAUAGCUAGACCUCUUCAAUUUGCAUUCACGAUUCAAACCAACCAACUUUAUUACCUUCAACAACAUGAAAUGGUUGAUUAAUUAAGGCCCUCUCCUACCUUCUCUUAGAUAUUUCAAUUCUCAAACUACUACCUCACAGAACCCACCUUCUUAUUUCUAUAUCUUUAAUUUGCUGCAUCUGUCUCAAAAACUGUUCUUUGGUAGCCUUCGAAUGGGAGAAAAUCCUGUAACAAAAUGGUUUUUCCUCAUUCUCAUGAACUAUCUUGCCUUCCACAAUGGUUUCUCCGCCGGUGUUUCAUUGACAAAGAAGACUUACAUUGUUCAGAUGGAUAACUCUGCAAUGCCAGAAUCGUUCUCCAGUCACCUUGAUUGGUACUUAUCAAAAGUAAAAUCUGUUGUCUUUGAACCUGAGAAAGAAGGUGAUGCAGAUGAAGAAGACAGGAUAAUUUACAAUUACGAGACUACUUUUCAUGGAGUGGCUGCUCGUUUGAGUGAACAAGAGGCAGAGAGGCUAGAGGAAGGAGAUGGAGUUGUGGCCAUCUUCCCAGAUACAAAAUACCAACUUCAUACCACAAGGAGUCCCACGUUCCUUGGGCUAGAACCAGAAGACAGUAACAGUGUUUGGUCUCAGAAACUAGCUGAUCACGAUGUUGUUGUAGGAGUGCUUGACACUGGGAUAUGGCCGGAGAGUGCAAGUUUCAAUGACACCGGCAUGACACCGGUACCGGUUCACUGGAAAGGAAUCUGUGAAACAGGCCGAGGUUUCCAAAAGCAUCACUGCAAUAAAAAAAUUGUGGGUGCGAGAAUAUUCUACCGUGGAUAUGAGACUGCGACUGGAAAAAUCAAUGAACAAACUGAGUAUAAAUCAGCUCGAGAUCAAGAUGGGCAUGGGACUCACACAGCGGCAACUGUGGCUGGUUCUCCUGUACACGGUGCAAAUCUUUUGGGUUAUGCUCAUGGAACAGCAAGAGGAAUGGCCCCUGGUGCGAGAAUUGCAGCUUAUAAGGUGUGUUGGUCUGGGGGAUGCUUCAGCUCGGAUAUAUUGUCGGCAGUUGAUCGAGCAGUGGCUGAUGGAGUGAAUGUUUUAUCAAUAUCAUUGGGUGGUGGGGUGAUAUCUUAUUAUCAUGACAGUUUGUCAAUAGCAUCUUUCGGGGCGAUGGAGAUGGGUGUUUUCGUGUCUUGCUCUGCGGGAAAUGGAGGCCCAGACCCCGUCAGUCUCACAAAUGUAUCACCAUGGAUCACCACAGUUGGCGCUAGUACCAUGGAUAGAAAUUUUCCAGCUACUGUUAAGCUUGGAACAGGCAGGACUAUUACUGGAGUUUCACUGUAUAAAGGGCGGAGAGUUUUGACGGCAAAUAAGAAAUAUCCUCUAGUUUAUAUGGGUAGCAACUCAAGCAGCCCUGAUCCAAGCUCUUUGUGUUUGGAGGGAACUCUGAAUCCAAGUGUAGUAGCUGGAAAAAUUGUGAUCUGUGACCGUGGUAUUAGUCCUCGAGUUCAGAAAGGUCAAGUGGUUAAAGAUGCAGGAGGUGUAGGCAUGAUUCUUUCAAAUACGGCUGCCAACGGAGAGGAGUUAGUUGCCGAUUGUCACCUUCUUCCGGCAGUAGCAGUAGGGGAGACUGAAGGGAAAGCAAUAAAGAGUUAUGCGUUAACAAAUCGGAAAGCAACUGCAAGUCUUACAUUUCUCGGUACAAGGUUGGGAAUUAGGCCUUCCCCUGUAGUGGCAGCAUUUUCAUCAAGAGGGCCAAAUUUACUUAGUCUUGAAAUUCUGAAACCUGAUGUGGUGGCACCUGGGGUCAACAUUCUUGCGGCUUGGACGAGUGAAACAGGUCCAUCAAGCUUGCCAACAGAUCACAGGAGAGUGCAGUUCAAUAUAUUAUCUGGAACUUCAAUGUCAUGCCCUCAUGUGAGUGGAGUUGCUGCCCUGCUUAAAGCAAGGCACCCAGAAUGGAGUCCGGCAGCCAUAAAAUCUGCACUUAUGACAACCGCUUAUGUUCAUGAUAAUACACAUAAUCCUCUUAUAGAUGCCUCAUUAGCUGCACCCUCAACUCCAUAUGACCAUGGGGCUGGACACAUCAACCCAGAGAAAGCUCUAGACCCAGGUUUGAUUUACGACAUUGAUGCACAGGAUUACUUUGAAUUCCUCUGCACACAAAAGCUAUCCCUAGGACAGCUCAAAGCUUUUUCCAAGUAUGCAAAUAGGUCUUGCCAUCACUCUUUUGCCAGUCCAGGGGACUUAAACUACCCUGCAAUCUCAGUAGUGGUCAAAGCUAAUGGAAACGUUUCUUCUAUAACUCUUCAUAGAACAGCCACUAAUGUUGGGUCUCCAGUCUCUAAUUACCGCGUUGUAGUUUCACCCUUCAAAGGUGUUACCACAAAAGUGGAACCAAGAAGCCUGAAUUUCACCCAGAAAUACCAGAAACUGUCUUACAAGGUCACCUUCACAACGAGAUCUCGACAGACAAAUCCGGAGUUCGGAGGUUUGAUAUGGAGGGAUGGAGUUCACAAAGUAAGAAGCCCAGUUCUUAUCACUUACCUGCAACCAUUAUAGACAUGUAAGUGGAUUUUUAACAUGUCUAUCUAUCGAUUUCACAAAUAAGCAAUGUGUUUUGGUAUGAGUCAUGGCACUCACAGGUUUGAUUAGAAUGCAAUUUAACCCCUUUUGUUUCUAGCACUAGUAGUGAUCCGGCAGCGGUCAUAUGAGUACAGAUAAAAUAAGCCCAUUUCUUCUUAGAAUAUGCACCCAUAUUACAUUUGUUUUUUGGAAGACAUCAA